GCAUGGAAUCCUGAAUAUAUUACCUUUCCAAUGGUGUAAAAUUUGUGUGUUCUAAAAGUUUAGAACCGAAAUGCCAGCGCGCAUGAGGAGAGCAGGUACAACGCGAUCAUGCGGUUCCAACUCCGGCUAUACUCCGGCGUUUGUACUGAUCGUCGACGAAGGGAACCUGACUUCCACGUAUCUAUGCUACACUGCAGUUCAUCACCUGUUGUGCUGUGAUGGAGAUUUCGUGCCAUAUCGUAUUUCGACAACGGACAGGCUGCAAAGAAGAAACAUUGGCAUCAGGUUGCGUGACGCGGAGGCUAUAUUCUCUUUCACCCAAACUUUGUGCCCGCGUCCCAUCGCCUUUGCCGGAUGUACAUACGGAUUAUAAGUAAUAAGCAAACCCGCACUGGGGACACCAGACGCCAGACUUCCUAACAAAAAUGACCUUGCUGCGGUGUGGACAGGUUCGUUUGGUCGCCGUGUGUGGCCAAUAAUGCACGGACCUGCCGUCGACGAUGCAGCGGUUGAGUGAGGUGUCUGAAUAACUUUUGGUUCGUCAGCGUUGGAAGUCGUCUCCAUGGCUCGGAACAUUUAUAGUGAGGAACGUGUGUUUUGUGCCGAUUAUGCACGUCGACAUCAGAAAAGGAUUCUUCGCCAGAGUGGAUUCACAACUGUGUCAAGCCUUGACAUCGAUGCGCUGAAGGCGCUUCUCGACCCUGAGCGACGUGAUGAAGUCUGCGGUGAGGACCAACUAUGUAAGAAUUGUGUUGCGUACUUUCGUUCAGCAAUUAGUGGUCUAUCGCAGUCCUCGCCCGUUGCUCUAUCUGACACAGACUAUGUUCAGAGUGAGGACAUUAUUGAAGAAAUUAAUAAGAGUAUUUCGACGGCAAAUAUCGACGUAACUCCGCUGCGGCAGCCGGCGUCUCUCAAAAGGAAACAAAUGCCGUCGUAUGCGUCACGAAAACGGAGAGAAGUUGGCGACGCAUUGAGCAGGUCAAUAAGCCGCAGAAUAAGUGAUGCAUAUGACAUAGACGAACCGACCACCUCCGGAAAAGACUGCACAAGAUGUUCUAGCCUUUUGCGCAACAUCAGGACCGCUUAUCAGAAGUGCACCACUAAUCAAGGAAGAUGCCAGAUUCUUACGCUUCUUCCUGAAAACAUGACGAAAAAAGAAAUAGUAGGACUGAUCCCGGAUGCAACGAAAUAUGUGAUAGAAAAAUCAAAAAGCCUGAAAGGGAAGCAGGGCGUGUGGGCGAUGCCGGACAAGUAUGGUGGGCAUCCUGUCAGCGAAAACGACGUACAGGUUGCACUCCGGUACUAUCUUGAAGACGAAAAGGACUGUUCUGUCCAAAGUCCCAACAAAAAAGACGUAAUUCAUGUCACCAGAGACGGGAAGAGAGUCGCUGUUGCAAAGCGCUUUAUGACUCGUUCUAUACGGGAAACGUUUAGCCUGCUCAAGAGUGCUCAUCCGGACAUCAAUAUAGGACUGACGAAGUUCUACACACUUCGGCCUAAGUGGGUUCGCACAGACCCACGUCCGGAACAGUGCGUGUGUUUGUACUGCGCAAACUUUGAUUUGAUCAUCGCGGCCAUAAACAGUGCGUCAUCCAUCCAGCUAAGCAGAGACCAACUGAAUGCGAUGUCUGUAUGUCCUGAGCCACAAAGGACAUGCUUUUUGCAAGAGUGUCGCAGUUGUCAAGGGGCCAAAACGAUCAACCUACAGAAGCUAAGGAUCGAGCGUGCCGACGACGUUGAUAUGGCUCUCUGGGAAUCUGGUGACCUCAUUAGGAAAACGCUAAAGGCAUCGAUAUUCCUGAAGGCGGUCAGGAAAUGUGCUGCUCUGUACACCAAGCAUGAAUAUAUAUACAACAUACAAAGAAGCGCCAUUUGGAACGAGAAGGCCUUCGUGGAUCCAAGACAUGUCAUCAUGCACUUCGAUUUCGCAGAAAACUGGAGAGUCAACUUCUCAAGUGAGGUCCAAGGGCGUUAUUGGAAGACGGAUCAAAUAUCCUUAUUCACCUGUGUUGUAACGACCAUGUCUUCGACAAAAAGUUUUGCCACAGUGAGUGACGACCUAUCUCACGAUACUGCACAUGCCCUUCUUGCCCUCCAAAACAUAACCGAGGCUAUAGAAGACAUCCUGCCCGUGUUUUCCCAUGUGAUAUACGUGUCCGACGGUGCUGCAGCGCACUUUAAGAACAGAUACCAGCUCUAUGAAAUGGGGAAAAACAACUUGUUGCUGCGAUGGAUUUUCUCUGCCAGUGGCCAUGGAAAAAACGCGUGCGAUGGUGUCGGGGGCUCUUUGAAACAUAUCGCAAGCUUGCAUAACUUGCGAUGUCCACCUGCUGAAGCUAUUCAAACCGCUGAAGAUUUUGUGUGCGCUCUCAAAAAGAAGGAACACGCCACGGAACUGCUGCACAUUCCGUCGGUUCAGGUUGCAGCCUUUCGAAAUUCGAAAAAGGAUGAAUGGGAACUGUUUCGGCCAGUGACAGGGAUCCGUUCAUCCCAUGUGUGGUACAAAGCAUCUGAAGGUCAUGCAGUAUCUGGAGUUCAGCUAGCAAGAACCGCCGAGGACAUGUUUGAACCUCGGUCAUAGCUGCGUUGUUUUCAGCCCGCCGAACGAUCAGCACACUACGUCUGGCUGGUGAUGUGCAUACAAAUCUAUGCUUUCCAACAGGACCAGUUUGUAAUGCCGCUCACACAUAGGUGACAUUUGUUCCCGAUUUCCGCAUUCCACUUUCACAGCUGUGUUUUGUAUUUAAAAUGUACAUACGGCUCUUUCAUGCACUGUAACUAUAUUUUACUCUUGUUUUAGUGUCUUUCGUAAAUUCUCUCUAAAGGUGAGCGAUAGCAAAGCCAGUCACCAAAUAAACCACUCUACCGGCUUGCAGUGUUGUAUUAUUCCUGUACAUGCGGAUCAAUAUAUUAGGCCAGCUGCCCUGCUUCAAGGUCGUUAAAUACGGACCACAUCUCAAGCGCCUGUCAACAGAAAACAAAGGAUUAGAACGGAAGAACAUGGAACCGUCGGGCCGCGUUGUACCUGCUCUCCUCAUGUACGUAACAUACUAGCAACGUUUGUUCUUUGCACCCUGUCCUAGUCGAAAUACGAUAUGGCACGAAAUGUCCAUCUCAGGCACAGGAGGUGAUGAAAGCCAGGUUCCCUUCGUCGACGAUCAGUACAAACGCCGGAGGGUGGCCAGAAUUGGAACCGCAUGACGGCGUUGUACCUGCUCUCCUUAUGGGCGCUGGCAUUUCGGUUCUAAACUUUUAGAACACACAAAUUUUACACCAUUGGAAAGGUAAUAUAUUCAGGAUUCCAUGCAAUUUUUGUU